AGUAAGCUAGCUAGCUAACUGUUGGAUGUGUUCGUCCUCAGGAUGGUGAGAAGCCUUGUGGCUGGCAAGUGAGAAGAACAAGCAGAGCAGGCAGAGCGUGCUCAGUACACACGCGAACCUGCUGAAGGCUGUUGGAGUCGUGCGUUGUGAAUCAUGUACAUAAGUUACUGAUAUUAUUCGGGAGCACAUGAAUGGCCAGCCGCACAAUUUGGAGCCGUUAAACCGAGCAGCGAGUGUGAAUAUCUAUAAACCAACGGCCAGCAUCGUCUGAAUUGGAGCACGUAGCUACACCAAGUGCUCUCUGCCUGUCUCUCACACAGACGGAGGCUCGACGACUCCGGUGGGGAUAUCCAAGCCGAAUACACCGCAGCAAAGCGUAAAUGUAAAGAGGAAAACAAACGGAACCGCGAAUUUUUCUAAAGCUUUUUCGUAAAUGUAUUUUUUUUCAGUGGGUGUACAAAUAAUAAUUUUGCAGACAGAAAGCCCAGUGUAAAUCUCUUGUAGUAACGUUUAUAAAAAGCUAUAGGAAUAAUAAGAAAUCCAGUUAUAGGUGAGUUAACGUUAGCUAACGUUAGCUGUCUGGGCAGAGCAGCUCGUUUUUUAAAUGAAGAUAUCGCUGGACUGACGAGCUAUGUUACAUUCGGGUUUUACUUGAAGAUAUUCACACAACAGUUUGAAAUGAAAACACUGCAGCUUUCCCAGCAGGGUUGAAAAAACUGGUUUAGUGUGUGUUCCUAAGAGCUGGGAGACGUGUGGUUUACUUUCAUUAGUACUGCACCUAAGUGGAAAUAAAGAGCAUGUAGGACAUGGUGAGGAGGAACGUGAGGACAGAAACUAUUCUCUAACAGCUGUGUUCUAACCCUGCUGUGCUACUGUAAAGCAUCUAAUAAAAGGAGACAGGGAGGCAGACAGCGGAGGAAACGUGGGAGAGGGUCACCAGUUUGACCAAAGACGGCCUUCAGUCACCUGCAGCACUGGAAGAACAGCCUGACAGACUAGAAGGGGUGAGUGGGUGACCACAGAAAGAGAGAGAGACGGGGACUGACGGAGGAGCAAAGGUUUGGAGGAGGAGGAGGAGGAGGCGGGGGAGGUCGAGGUGUAGUGGGAAAGGCCGUUCCCCAUGGCUACUGACCCAGGAGAGCCCACAGCCACCGAGGACUCCUCUGAGAAACCUGAUGGACAGAGGGAGGAGGACACGGAGCAGGAGGGCAGGGCCAACCCACAGAGGGAGAGGACACACAGCACCUCCUCAGACUUUUCCUCCUCCCACACUCAGGAGAGGAAAGCGACAGGAGGAGAGGAUGGAGGCGGAGGAGGAGGAGAAGGAGGAGGAAGAGGAGUAGGGGAAGCCAGCCAGGAGGGUAAGGAGAACCCAGUCAGACCGAUUUCCUUCUCCACGCCCUGCUUACUAGUCGACACUGGCCAGAAACGACUGAGGAGGGAGAAGCGCUUCUUCAGGAAGAGUGUGGAGAUUUGUGAGGAGGACAAUGAGGUGGAGGUGCUCCCAGAGGCGCCCCACAGUGCCCCCCACCUGGAGCUGCGCUCAGACUCAGUCUUCACCAGCAGUGCCCAGCAGCAAGGGACUGCUUCAUCCUGUGCUGCCAUGGGCCAUGAUCCAUCCUUCCCCAGCUCCAGCCAGGAGCCGGGCAAGGAGGUACCUUCCUCCGCACCCACCCAAAGGGGGAAGGAGAGGGACCGUGAGCAGGAGGAGGAGGCGGAGAUGAAGGCUGUGGCCACCUCUCCUGGAGGCAGGUUCCUUAAGUUUGACAUUGAACUGGGCAGAGGAGCCUUCAAGACUGUGUAUAAAGGCCUGGACACAGAGACUUGGGUGGAGGUGGCUUGGUGUGAACUUCAGGAUCGCAAGCUGACCAAGGCGGAGCAGCAACGCUUCAAGGAGGAGGCAGAGAUGCUGAAGGGGCUCCAACACCCCAACAUCGUCCGCUUCUAUGAUUCCUGGGAGUCUGUGCUCCGCGGCAAGAAGUGCAUUGUCCUGGUCACUGAACUCAUGACUUCAGGAACACUUAAAACUUACCUGAAACGCUUUAAGGUGAUGAAACCCAAGGUCUUGAGGAGCUGGUGUCGGCAAAUCCUGAAGGGGCUUCACUUCCUUCACACCAGGACUCCUCCAAUAGUCCAUCGGGACCUGAAGUGUGACAACAUCUUCAUAACAGGCCCCACAGGCUCGGUCAAGAUAGGUGACCUGGGACUGGCCACUCUUAUGCGGACCUCCUUUGCCAAGAGUGUCAUAGGAACCCCAGAGUUUAUGGCUCCAGAGAUGUAUGAGGAGCACUAUGAUGAGUCUGUCGAUGUCUACGCCUUCGGGAUGUGCAUGCUGGAGAUGGCCACUUCAGAAUACCCCUACUCUGAGUGCCAAAAUGCUGCUCAGAUCUAUCGCAAAGUCACAAGUGGUAUAAAGCCAGCCAGCUUUGAUAAAGUGAAUGAUCCAGAGAUCAAAGAGAUCAUUGAAUGCUGCAUUCGUCAGAACAAGAGCCAGAGACUCUCCAUCCGAGACCUCCUGAACCAUGCAUUCUUUGGGGAGGACACAGGGGUCCGGGUGGAGCUGGCAGAGGAGGACACAGGCACCCAGGACUGUCUGGCUCUCCGGAUUUGGGUUGAAGAUCCCAAGAAGCUAAAGGGGAAGCACAAAGACAACGAAGCCAUCGAGUUCAGCUAUGACCUGGAGAAUGAUAGCGCUGAGGAAGUGGCUCUAGAGAUGGUAAAGUCAGGAUUCUUCCAUGAGAGUGAUGCCAAGGUGGUGGGAAAAUCCAUCCGGGACCGAGUAAAUCUGAUCAAAAAGUCACGGGAGCGUCGACAGCAGCAGCUCCUCCAGCAGCAGCAGGGCUUCGAAGAAAGAAGAGACUCCACUCUCACCUCCUACACCUUAUCUCAUCCAUCCUGCCCAUCUUCACUGGGGCCAGGGCCAACUGGACAGACAGGAGGAGGAGGAGGAGGGCAGGAGUCUGAAGAGCCUGAGGUGGACCAGCAUGUCCGACAGCAACACAUUUUCAGUGGGACAAACCUUAGUUUGCCAGAAGGUGAGAGCAUUGGGUCUGCCAGCUGUGAAUCCUAUGCAAGUGGACAGAGCCAGGCGUACUCUCAGCAAGGGCAAUCGUACACCCACUCCCAGACUGCUCUCCCCCCUAUAGCAUCUAGCACUGGCACAUUGCCUAUUGGUCAUAGUUUUAGUAUGUCCAGCAUGUCCGUAGGCCAAAGUGGAGGGGGACCUGUUGGUCAGACAUUUCUUCAGCCCAUUACCAUGGUUCCACAGGUAUCACCAAGUCUCCCUCAACAAUAUUUUCAGUCACAAACAUUCUCAUCAGAUGCCACUCCCCAUGGGUCAUUGGCCCCCUCACAGUCAUACAUACCCCCUGUUUCACUACAAGCACCCAUUAAUGUUCUCAAUACAUCCAUGUCAGUCAGGGAUCCUGCUGGACUAGAGGGGAGCAUUGUGCCCCUCGCUCAGGAGACCCAACCCCCUGCCACUCCCAUGCAGCUCACUGACAUCAUUCCCCAGCCAGCACCCCAGCAAACACAGCCUGUCAUGAUCCCUCAGCAGACUAUUGUCCAACAACAACAGAUAGGGAUGGAUCCCCAGACCUCCACCUUUCAGCAGCAGCCGCAACAGCAAAUGGAGGCCCAGGCCACUCAGCUCGAACAACCAGUUAGUGCCACUAUGCCACCAACGGAACAUCAUCCACAGAGUCUUUCAGCUAUUGCUGUCCAGAAACAUCAACUUGAGCCUCAGCAGCAGAUCUAUGUACAGCAGCCUGUUCCUCCUGUCCACACAACUCCUCAGCAGCAAGUAUUACCUACACAACCAGGUAUGGAGCAGCGAGCUAUGUCAUUACCACAGCCAGGGGAGCAACCUCAGACUUACAAACAGCAACCAACAGGGGAUCCUCGUGAACAGACCAUGAUACAACCACAUCUGCAACAACAGUUUCAGCAAACUCUGUUACAACAGCAACAACUAAUUGAGCAACAUCAUACGUACGUCCAGCAACAGCUUGAUCAGCAGCAACAAAAAGCACUGCUUCAACAGCAGCAACAACAACAGGCCCAACUACAACAACAUCAAUUGGAGCAGCAGCAAGCACUUAUACACAAGCAAUUGUUGGAUCAACAACAGCAGCAAGCUCUUAUUCAACAGCAACAAGAGCAGCAGCAACAGCAAGGUCUUGUACAACAACAGCAACCACAACAAGCACUUUUACAACAUCAGUUAGAGCAACAACAGCCUCCUUUACAGCAGCAGAGUCAGUUAUAUCAACAAAUUGGAAUACAAAAAGAACCAGAGAAGCUACAGCAAAGUGGACAACACCAUCAACAAAUUGUAUUGCAGCAGCAACCCCAGCAGACGCAACAGCAAAAGGAACAAUUGCAGCAGCAAGCCUUACUCCGACAAAUGGAACAACAACAGCAACAAGCAUUGAUUCAACAGCAUCUGCAACAGCAGGCUAUUUUACAACACCAUCAGCUACAACAGAAAGCUCAGCUAAAGCAACAGCAACAUGAGCAGCAACAAGUGCAACUCAAACAUCAGAUAGAGCAGCAGCAGCAAGCUCUGUUGCAACAACAGUUCGAGCAACAGCGUCAGCAACAAGUCCUGUUACAACAACAACAAGCAGAGAGAUUACAGCAACAGGCUCUGAUACAGCAACAAAUUCAAGAGCAGCAGCAGCAAGCAGCCAUAAUUCAACUUCAGCAAACUGAGAAGCAAGAGGCUGUCCCUAUUCCACAAAGUAACAGUGAGCAGCAGAUUCAGCAGCAACCAACUGAUAUACAGCAUGUGUGUAUCCCAAAACUAAACACUACUCCGUUCACACCUCAUACCACUCUCACACAGCAGCAAGUGAUGGAGCAAAAGCAGCAAGGAGCAUUGAUCCAGCAGCAGCAAGCAUUUGUUGCCCAGACGCAGCAUCACAGCUCUGUGAUGGAACCUAUUAUCCCAGUUGGAGCUCCACCUGGCAAUGAGGUGAUUCAGCACCAAACUCAAAUUGUCUCACAGGCCCAGGUCCCCAUGGCCGUUCAGACUACACACAUCCCUGUCCAGACAUUAGCUGUUGUCCCAGCUCAAGUCCUUACACAGCAAGAACAAAGUGAGGCUCGUCCUCAGAACCAGGUCCCAGUCCAACUUAUAGCCCAGUCCGCAGUCCAAGCAGCUCAGGCUAUGAUUGAGGCCCAAGGAACUCCUCCUGCGGCAGUGAUCCAGGGACAGACUCACAUCAUCCAGACCCAGCAAAUUCCUUUACAGACUAGUUACCCAGGACCUGCCACUCUCACACAGAGCCAGGUAACUGCUCAGCCAUUGAUCCAGACUCAGCCUCUGCACCUGACAAUUGGUCAGUCCCAGGCACCACAUGGUCAAGGCCCAACUGUGGACAUUCAGAUGAUGGGCCAACAAAGCCUAGCUACUGUCCAGCCUCCAGCUGCAAUUACCUCAAUUCCAAGUCAGAUCCAACAUGAGAGUCUUGUUCAGCAAAAUGCACAAAUGCCAGGGCUCAUGCAGCCCCAGCUCCAGCAACAUACUCAAGGCCAGCCACCUAGUCACAUGCAUGCUCAGGCUACUGCUGGCCUUUUUCCCCCUCAGUAUGUCCCUCAGCCUACCCACCAAGCCAUGUCAUCUGUACAACAGGAUAUAACUCAUAUUACACAACAGCAACAAGAGCCAGUACUGCAAUAUCAGCAGAGUAUUCUGUCUCCUAGCUCCGCUGGAAAUGUUGGAACUACAACAGAAAGUCUCAGUUCUGCAGUUGACCCUGCAAACUUUGUUGCCACUCCUCAUCCUGUGCAGCAGACUGGGCAAGCCUAUGGUCCAGGCCAAACAACACUACAGCCAGUUGUUCAGGCCCAGCAGCAGCCCCUAGGAGGCACUGCUGACCCUUCAGUUAUUCAGUCUAUCUCCCAGCCUCCUUUGCCUCAGUCUGCAGUGCAAUACCAGCUACAGCUUUCUCAAGCGCAGCAACCACUUGCUCCACCUUCUCCGCAGGCCCAGUUAUUGGCACAGCCCAUCCCAACUCCCAUCCAGCAACCACUUCCUAUAAAGCAGGCUUUGAUAGCCCUCAACGAGAGUCAGCUGCCCUCACAGUGCCCACCUGCUUCACAUCUGGCGACCCAUCCUUCUGCACAGAUAGGCCCCAGUAAUGUUGCAGAGCCUCAGUCUCAGAACAGGACUCUGCCCCUCUAUAGUCAUCUAGUGGCAGGCGCCCCUCCGUCUCCGCAGCACCAAGCCAAGCAGAUGCUGCCAGCUCACACACAAACCAGCUUUCAGGUGCAAACACACUCCCAAAUGCAGACACAGACACAACCUCAUUCUCACACUCAGACAUACAUUGAUACACCUAUUACUGAACAGCCUGUUCAACCCCAUGCUGUCUUUCCUGCACAACAAAUGCCCCUCAGCCCCUCUCAUAUCUCAUGUCCCCCAACAUCACUACCAUCUCUCCCAUUCUUACUAUCCCAUCAUCCUCCUGUUGCCCCUGUGCCAGAGCUGCCUACAUCUCCACCAGAGGCCCAGGUAACCUUACCAAGGCAGGCUGACUUUAUACCCACCUCCCCUCCGCCUGUCACUACUCUACAAUUGCUUGAAUCUAAUGUCCCCAAACUGCCCCAAGCCUCGCUGCAAGACUGUGACCUUUCCCUGCUGGGCAUUGUUCAGGAUGGUCCGUACCUGUCAAGUACAGAACAUCAUUCAUCGUCAGGGUCUGUUCCAGCUAAUGGAGAAGAAACUCUUCAGCUCUUGGCCAAUGGGAAGUUUGAGAAGUUAAAGACUCAAAGACGAGCUUCCUGCCAGAGGCCUGAGAAAGUUUCACAUCAGUUUCAACUGAGUAUGCUCCAGGUGUCAGGCAGUGGGGACAAUAUGGUGGAAUGCCAGUUGGAAACCCAUACCAACAAGAUGGUGACAUUUAAAUUUGACAUUGAAGGGGAUGCACCAGAGGACAUAGCAGAUUACAUGGUGGAGGAGGACUUUGUCCUUGAUGUGGAGAAAGAGAAAUUUGUCGAGCAGCUUAGAGCCAUAGUUAAGAAAGCUCAUGAAAUUCUUCAAACACAUUCACAGACUGGAUCAACUGACCAGUUGCAUGUGAGCACUCCCACUAGCUCUUCAAUAGACUCAGUGCCCCAUUCCUCCCCAGUGGGACGCUGGCGCUUCUUUAUCAACCAGACCAUCCGCCAUAGAGACUCUCUAUCCGGUCAGGGAGCAGGCACGCCACCACCCACUUCAGAGAUGAGGAUACCUCAGUCUUCAGUGAGAGGUGAGUUCUACCCAGCUGUAGAAAGUGAAGGAUCCCAGAGUCUGGAGUCCUUGACUGGAAUGGCCCCUCCACCCUGCCCCACCCUUUCUGCCACCUCCCCUUCAAUCUCCACUGUUUCAGCCCCUGCCUCCAUCACCCCCUCAGCCACCGCUGCUCCGGCUCCUCACACAACUGCCUCUGAAAGCAUCUCUGCACCAGCCUCCACUCUUGAAGCCUCUGUCCCUGUCACUGCUUCAAGUGGUCUUGACCUGCCAGUCCUCACCUCAGCUUCUGUUGGCCAAAUGUCCAGUGUUCCCUCAUCCAUAGCAAUACCUGCUGCUGCUAACCUCCCCACCUUGUCUACUGCUCCUAUUGUUGUGUCUUCCACACCCACCACCAUUCUCCAUGAUGUUCUCACUUCUCCUGGAAGCAGUGAUUGCUACAAUGUUGGUCAAAGUAUAGGGGAUACAGUGACAACUGCUCCAAGGUUAUAUGUGCCUGCAGUGGACCAGUCUUCAACCUCUUUUCAUUCCCCUCCUGCUGCUGCAGUGACCUCUUCUGUGGUAAGCCAACUUGACAUGGAGCAGCAGCAGACACUCACUCAGGUGGCCAAGCCAGCCCCACAACAGCCACAGCUACAGGCAAUACAGCUUGAACAACAGGUACAGCAGAUGCAGCAGACAACGCCACAGCAACAACAGCUAUUACAACAUCAAGUGUACCAAGAACAAAUUCAGCUGCAGCAGGAACGAGCACUGCAACAGUCUCUACAACAGUUACAACAUCAGCAACUAAUGCAGCAACAAAUACCACUUCAACAACAGCUGACUGACAUGCAGGUAGUGCCUCUUUCGGGUCAUACAGAGUUGUUACAACAGUCUGUGCCUCUGCAGCAAUUUCUGCCAUCAAUGCCCGUACAACAGACCCAACAACCCCUUCUUCAACAGCAAACACCACAGUUGCUGCAACAGCCUCAGUUACAACAGUUACCACAGCAGGUUAUGGCACCCCAAGCUGCUGCAGUGCCUCAACAGCAGGCCCACAUUGAUCACCAACAGUUAAACGUACAACAGACAAUACACUUACAGCAACAGCAAAUGGUGCAACAGCAGCUACAGCAGCAGCAACCUCAGCUUUUUAUGGGUGCUGUGGCUUUAAAGCCAGAUCAAAGCCAAAUGCUGCCCCUGUCAAUUAGUCAACAGUUUCUUCAACAACAGGCACAGCUAAAUGUUAGCGCUGUACUGCAACAGCAGAUUCCACAACAAACCCAAAUCCCUGCUGAGCUGCCACAACAACAUAUACAGUCACAGAAACAGCUGCAACACACUGAGCAGCAACAAGAGGUGGUUAAAGCCAUGGACACACCCAAGAAACAGCAGCAGUUUGUGCUGCAGAAGCAGUCCUCUUUACAGAUGUCAGAGUCAGAGGUGUCCACAGGAGAGACAAGUUUCACAGAGGACAUAUGCAGCUACUCUACCCCUUUUCACCCUUCCUCUGACUCCUGUCUGCCGCCUCUCCAGCUAGGGACUGCUGAAGGCCCCGUACCCGCUCUCUCCCUCACAAUGACACCAUCCCCUGCUCAGCCUUCCUCUGUGGCCGAGUCAGACAGUGAAGGCCCCCCCAAAAUUGAAUUUGUAGACAACCGCAUAAAGACAUUGGAUGAAAAGCUGAGGAACUUGUUGUAUCAGGAGUACAGCAGCGGGGCAGUGCCGGCCGGGGGAGCGGCCUCUGGUCCUACAUCAGCUGCCUCCACAUUAGCAGGAGGAGAGGAGUCAUCUGAGCCACAGUCGCUCCACCGCUUGUCUUUCCCCCCACCUGCCUCCUCCUCAGAUACUUCCCCUCACUCCUCAUCCUCCUCUUCCUCCUCCACCUCCUCCCGUUCCUCCUCUACCUCUCCUGACCCAGAGAGAGAUGGCAGAGGAGAGAAAGCUUCCUCAGAAGUGCCCAGCUUUGUGGAGAUGGGCCCGGUCGAGCAACAGCCUGGCCCAUCUCUCCCCUCCACCUCUGCCUCGUCCACCCCACCUACCUCUCUCCUGCCUCCCAGUGACGAUGAAUCUGCUGGUCCCCAGCGUCCACCUGUACCAGGAGAACCAACCAUUCUUGCUGUACCCCCACACUCUGACACCAGUACCACUGGAGACGCAUCGUGGCCCCCCAAUCAGCACCCGAUCCCCCUCCGGCAUGGACAGCAGAAGCACAAUGCAGGAGGUGGAUAUUUUGGCCUAAACCUGACAUGUCCUAGUAUCAGAAAUCCUGUUAGCAAGAAAUCCUGGACUCGCAAAUUCAAAAACUGGGCAUGCAAACUGCGCCACUCCGCCAGCUUGUUCAAGAAGCCCAGAGUCCAGCAAGAUGGGUGUUCCAGCAGUCAGGCACUUAGAGAGGAGAAGGCGGCGCCACCCCUACAUCCACCUCAUUCCCGCAAAGGAAGAUUUCAUGUAACUCCAGUGCCCCAGUCCUCUCCCCCGAAGGCUGUGCCAUCAGGCCAUGGUAGCACUCACAGGAAAGUCGGACGCUUCUCUGUAACCCAGGCUGAGACUAAGAAACAGGACAGGCAGACUGACAGCUCCCCGGUGUCUCCUGAUUUGGAGAGGGAAAGGAGAAGAUCUCGUGCAAAGGAGGGAGAGAAAGAUGAAAGUAAAAGGACCCCAGCAAUGGCUCACCUGCCUCGGGGUCAUGGGCACAGCCAUUCACCUCUGGGCAGCAGCGAUGAUGAUGAUGUUGAGUGUGAGCUGGAGGAUGAAGACCUGAGAAAAGAACUACACAAGCUCAGAGAGAAGCACAUCAAAGAGGUGGUAUCCCUUCAGUCCCAGCAGAACAGAGAGUUGCAGGAGCUGUACAGACAGCUUCGUUCCCUCAAAGACCAAAGGCAGAGUCUGCCUGCCUCCCUGUCUCGAACCCCUCCUCUUCCCAUGGGACCUCCUGUACUCUCUCCUCGUAGGCCCAGGCCAGCCAAAAUCAAGAUCCGGCCCCGGCCUCACUCUCACAUGGAUAACAAUGGAGUUACGCACUCUGGGAUUCAGCAGUCCAGUAGUUUCUCAGGUGGUGAACAGAGUAGACUGCCUCUAUACUGCAACCCAGAACACUGCACUUCACUGCCUGCUAAAAGAGAUCACAGUCCUCUAAGAAAAAGCACAUUCACAGAUGAACUGCACAAACUCGUUGAUAAUUGGACAAAGGAGACGGUGGGCCCCGCCCCGCCCAAGCCUUCGCUGAAUCAAAUCAAGCAGAUUCAGCAGGUGCAGGAGUUGGGAGGCUGGAGCCAGCCGACAGAGGUGGCUCCACCAGGUUGGUUUCCAGUGGCAUCACUGAACCCCCAGGCACCCCCGACCCCUGCUAGCUUGCCUGUGGCAGCCCCUUCCCAGUACCCAGGUGGAGGAAGCCUGUCCACCCUGCACUCUCCGGGACCACCACCGCAAAUGCACAUGGCUCAAGUGCCACCAAUGCAGCAAAGUUUACACCUCCAUCAGUCUCUCCCCCUCCAGCAGAUGACCUAUCAGCAGUCCCCAAUCUGUCAGCAGAUACCACAGGCCCGGAUGCAAACUGCCAUACAGUCCCAGUCACAACCACAGACACAACCCAUCACCCAGCUGCCCCACUCACCACCUCAAAGCCAACCACUACUGCCUUCCCAAAUGCCCACAUAUUCAGUGUCCACAGCUGUGUCAAUGCUGCCUGGCAGUGGCACCACUGCACCCACAGAUAGCACUGCUGCUACUGGGGUGACCUCCUCCACCUCUUCCUCCUCUUGCUCUACUGUUGUUCUACCUUCCAGUGCCAAAAUUCACCCAACACCCCCUACCUCUACUCUUCCUCUGGGACAGAAAUGAAACCAAGGUGAAGUGUGAGGUCUAUAUGAAGGUGCAAGAGAUGGAAAUACUAAGUGGAUCAGGACGUAAAGCAGAUCCACUUUGAGUAUUAGUUUUGUGUAUGCAUGAGAUAGUUGUGACUCCAAUGAGUAUAUGGAUUACAGUGUACUGCUGGAUGACAUAGAGAGGGAAUGUGAGAGAUGAUAGAUUCUAGUAUGUACAGACAGAGGGAAAUAUGGAACACAGCAGCUGGGGUUUAUGAAUCAUGGUAUGUUUGGGUGUUGAGAUGUAUUAAUUCCUAAAUAUAUGAUUUUGUGCGUUUAUGAGUGUGGGUGAGUGUUUAUGGAUUAUCCGAGUACAUAUCCCUUGUGUCCUUUUACACAAAUUAACAUUCAUGUUUUUGUUUUCAAACCUACUUAGUUGGACUUGAACUCACGAAAUAUUUGACAAUGUGUUUUAAUUUGUUAGUGCUUAAUACAGUGAAAGGACUAUCAAUUCUAAAAGUGCAAUUAGUAAUGGUCAUCUAAAUUGAUCAGCAUGUAUUGUAUGGAUUUGUCAGUAAGGCAUAACAUUUUUGUAAAAGCACAUUGAUGAAAACCAGAUGCAUAGAGGAUCUUCUCAUGAUUGGCGCAUGGUCUUUGAAAACUGUAGGUCUAGAGCACAAGGCAUUUCAAUGGGCAAUGAAAAAAAUGUAAACAGCUAUUAUACAGCAGAGCAUGAUAGAGUUACCUGGCUACCAUCAUUACCACAAUGCGACUAAACACACUAUUGCAGUGUUGUGCUACAGCAUGUGCUUCAUUUGUAUUAUUUAUGUUUAGCACUUGUUUCAUAGAAACAGUCUAAAUUAUUAUUUAAUAUAAAUUCAGAUGAAUUCAUAAUAUGAUGGCAAAUUGAAAUAUGCCAUCUAUGUUCAGUUGAUACCUGGGUACAGUCAGCCCAAGACUGCAUGACAUUAUGACUAUCUUGACUUGCCAGAGUGCAAAGUGCUUGCACUUGCUGUAUAUUCAUGAACCUCACAUUUACUAUUUGCAGCCUACUGAGAAAAUUGAUCAGUCAUGAGUAAAUUUGCUUUUGGUAUGAAAUGCUUUCACAUUUAACAUUUUUGUUUUCAGUUUGAGCUCCACAUAUCAGUAGUAUAUCACAGUGUCAUGCUGAGGGGAAGAUGGAAAAAAAAACAAAACUGCCAAGUAACUAUAGACUGGGGAGAUGGGUUAUUCCCAUAUUGCCUUUUAAAAAUUACUAGAUUUUUUGUGGGUGUGUGAGUGUGUAUUCUUUCUGUGUGACAAAGCUUUGUAAUAGUCCCAUGGUAUAUUGCAUUAUAAAUUGCAUCCCUGUUUCUUUCAUCCAAAGCGGCCUCUCAAAUGUCACUGUACCCAACUGAAAAUGUUUACUCUGCCUAUGUUUUGGGCUUGUUUCCUCGAGAGAAAAAAACAAGUGAGAGGUUAGACCAUAUACCGGUUGUAAACUUAAUGUCCAACACAGUUGUCAGAUCCUCACUUGCCUAUUUGUCAACUUUGUUUGGCUUUAGACAAAUUCCUUGUUUCAACUGUAAACUAGUUAGUUUUUGACCAUAGGCUGUCGGUGUGAAUGCAUCAGUCAGAAGCUGAACUGUGGGCCAUUAUUGUGCUUUAUGUACACUGCAAAAGGUUUACUCGUGAAAAUGUCCCAUUCUUCUAUUUCUAAACACUUCAUCUGUAGAUGCAAAGAUACACAAAGUAAUACAUCUGCAGCGGCUAUAUUACUGUACAUUUUAUUGGGUCAUCAGUGCACUUAGCCAUCCACAUUUGACCAUCAGACAUAAAAGUCAAGACAUAAAACAUGAAUGCUUAAUCAGGAGUAGUGUGUGCUAAAGAGUAUGGUUGUUCAGUAACUGCAUAAUCUAGAAUAUAACAACGGUUUUCUGUAUUUGUUGCUUUUCAAGACAACCCACAUUUUCACAGAGAUGUAGUUCAUUAUUAGUGAAGGUGAGAUACUGUGCUGUCAUGUCUAAUACUAACAUGUUGACUGCAAGCUACAGCUUAAUGAUCAUGAUACAUGAUGUGGAGCUGGCUUUGUCCUUGAAGUGGUACCAAAAUGUUAUCUAAAAGAUAAAGAUUAUUUUUGUAUUUUGAAAUGGGGUUGUACAAAUUGUAAAAUUGUUUUCUCAUCAUUAUAAAUCUGAGGUUAUUUGAAAAUAGAAAAUGGUUUUCAUCUGUGUUUACAUGGGACUCCCUUGAUAUACCUCUCUGAUUAUAUUCAGAGAAUGUUUGGUCAUUUUUUACAUUAUUAUUUCAUCAUUAUUUCAGUUUUGAACCAUGCAACCUGGAAUAUGCAUAACAUACUUAUAUAAGAUGUCCUGCUGAGCUGCAUGUCAGAUUUAAUUAAUUUACAAAAUAAUGCAACAAAAAUCUGGGGAGUCCCAAAAUGGCAUGACUGAGAACCAAUUAUAAAAGGACAUUUGGGCAGAGAAACCUUGAAAAAUAAAGUAUGUUGCUGGUGAUUUAGCCUCUGUAAAUUGUAACUAAUUCAACUGUUGAUUUUAUUUAUGUUUUGUAACUAAUCAAAAUAAAUGAUGUUAAACAUCAAA